CCAAUUUGAUCCAAUGUCCCUGUUUUAUGCUACCAUUUUAUGGUUUUUUUCUCCUAUUUUUUCUUCCUUCAGUCAGUCUUUUGUGCGUUCGUGGUGUUCUUUAUGCACCGACAUCUCUUCCAUAGUGAUCCUUCGAGCUAUUUUUCGAUCUAGGGUUUCUCUAAAAAACUCGAGAGUAUACGGAUUUUGGGUCCACUUUGAGAAAAUUUCUGGUUGCAGCGAUGUAGAUUUUGUUGGGCUCUGUCUGCGAUUAACUGAUAAAAAUAGGGGAGGGGAAAGGUCUGAGGCAUGGAGGAAGCCCAGGGAAGCCAAUCGUCUAAACAUCACAAAAUGGAGAAACCGGAUAUUGGAGAGGCUCGGCCAUCUUUUCCUGAAAAAGAUGUUUCUAAAGUCCCCGUGAGUGAAGCAAGUUCGAAAGCAGCAUUAUUUGAUGAGGAAGAACUGGAAGAAGGUGAAAUCAGAGGGGAUGAACCAUUGAUAACAGGCUGGACAAAAAUGUCAUUUGUUGAUGAAGAGCUGGAAGAAGGUGAAAUCAGAGAGGAUGAACCAUUGAUGCCAGGCUGGACAAAAAUGUCAUAUGUUGAUGAAGAGCUGGAAGAAGGUGAGAUCAGAGAGGAUGAACCAUUGAUGCCAGGCUGGACAAAAAUGUCAUAUGUUGAUGAAGAGCUGGAAGAAGGUGAGAUCAGGGAGGGUCUAUCAUCUGAGGCAGGACAGAAUGCUCUUGAAAACCAUGAAGCUAGUUUAGAAGUUUCAUCAUCCGACAAGCAAGAGAUAGGAGAAGCUGGUGUCAGAGUGGGCCAGUCAUCUGUGCCUAGAAAUGAUGGUACUGAAGACUUCUUGCAUGAAACCAGUCCAGAUUUAACACUGCUAGAUGAUGAAGUGGAGAAAGUAGAGAUCAGAGUGAGUCCUGUUGGUCGUAUAUCCUCCCAACAAGCAAAUUUGGUGGAGCAGGAUGAGACUCCCGUUCUUGAACCUCUGUCUGCAAAGCUUCACCAGCAAAUUAGGUCAUUGAAGGAUGAGAUCUUGAAGAAACAGAUUGAUUUGAUUGAUGAAAUUUAUUCAAUAAGGUUAAGAACACUCCUCUUAAAGCAAAAUGAAGAACUCCGAGAGUUCAAAACUUUGAAAGGUGAACAACAGAUGGAAUUGGUUAAAAUGAAAAAUUGGGAUUUUCAUGCUAUCCAUAUUGGCCCUUCAGUUCGAGAAUAUAGAAUAAAAUUACUAAAUGAAGAAUUUUCAAAAAGAAUGGAUGAAUUUGAAAAGCAUAUGUGGGGCCAACGGAAGAAACUAAUGGUUAUGCAGAUUGAGGCUAGGAAUAAGGAGAAGCAGAUGAAAGAUUGCUGGUUGGAAGAGGCUAAAGCUGGUAUUCUUGAAGAAUCUUUUUAUGAGAUUCCACUGUCAAGUACUGGAUUCAAGCUGGAGAAAUUCAAAUUGAGCAAACAUUAUGGAGCUCAUGAUGGUUCAGGGAAUAAUAAAGCAGUGGCUGGUUCUUCUUCAGAUCUGACAACUAGGCCAGUAGAAUCUACUGAACUGACUGAUAGAUCUACUGAUUCUGCGUCCAGUUGCACAAAUGUUGUGGAAUCUUGUGAACUGAGUAGACCAUCUCCUAGUGUUUUACCACUAAAUCAGCAUGGCAGGGCAGAGAAUAUGCCUCUAGAAACCGAAGACCAAGCUUCCAAUAAAAUCAAUGCAGUGUGUACUAAGUUUGAUGAAGGAGGGACUGAUCCGGGGAUUGCAGCAACUGCUUCCAGCAAGCAAGAUGGAGGUACAGGUUCCAGUGUUGUUUGCUUGACAGAUCCUACUAAGCAAGAUAAGACAGAGAUUCUUUCUUUUGCCCAUGCAUUGAAAAGUUCUGAAGGUGCCAGAACUGUAUUGUGUAAUCAGGUGCCCUCCAUCAGUGAACAGGAGAGGUCUGCUGUACCUAGAGUGGGAGGUGACCAAGGCUCAAGUUCUUUCCCAAAUAAUGUGGCUUCUGCAUUAAGUUCAGUUGAUACAGGAUUUCAAAAAAAUGACAAAACAUUCAACGUUUCAACAGUCCCAAAUCCCAUUUCGCUGGGGCUUCCUUUAUCUGUUGGCUUAGCUUCUGUUAUGCAAGGUGAUGGAAGCUCACCUGCCUCUGUAGGGAGCGCUUGCAAUCGGAUACAUUGUUCUGCUCAACUAACCGAAGUAUCAAUGCAACCGCCAGUUGUAGCCACAGCUGCACAGCUGAAACAGUCUGACUGUAUAUCCUCACAACCUCGUUCUCCACCUGUUGACUUGGCUUUAGCUGUGAAAGGUCAUGCAAGCAGACCUUCAUCUGUCAGAAGUGAUCAAGUUCCUUGCAAUCAAGUACUUUGUUCGGCUCAACCUACGGAAGCAUCAAUGCAACAGUGGCUUGUACUUGAAGAGUCUAAUCACAUAUCCUCACAGCCUCUGCCUCCAUCUAUUGGCUUGACUUCAGCUGUGCAUGGUCAUCCAAACACACCUGCACCUGCAGGAAGUGACUUAGAGCCUGAUGGUCAAAUACACUGUUCUGCUCAACUUACAGAAGUGUCCAUGCAACAGCCCAUUGUAUUCACAGAUGCACAGUGGGAGAACUCCAAUCUUUUAUUCUCACACCCUUUUGUCCAUCCAAUGCCUCCUACUACUGAUAUUCCUCCUGCCAGAGCACACACUGAGUUUCUCAGAUCCACCAGUGGUCAACCAGAGAGAGGCAGUCAUUUUGCAUUAAGUUGCCCAAUAAUGCAAUCCAUGCCUCAACUAGAUCCUAAUAUCCAGAUAUUUCAUCAUGAGUUGAAGAGAUUAUAUGCACUGAAGGCUUUAUUUGUCCAAAGGCAUGAAGAAAAGAAACUUAAACUUAAAUUAGAAUAUAAAAAAGAGAUAGAUAAUCUAAAAAGAAAGUACGAUGCACUAAUUCAGGAUACUGACAAAGAGUUUGUAAAGAGAAGAAAGGACAUUGAGAUGAUGUACACUAAAGUUAGCCAGCAUCAAGAAUUAGCUGGGGGAUUUCGGGAGAUAUUUAAUGAAACCUUUGAGGAGGCUGGAAAUGCUUAUCAAGGUGCGUGUUCAAGUACUGGGCAAUGGUUUGUUCCGGUACCGCAGCAACAACAUUUUGCCCAGAGCCCAUUCAUGACCUCACCCUCAGGAAGUGGCCCUUCCCCUGCCAACUUACCUCCAUUCCGAAACCUGUUACCUCUUUCCUCGGUGGAGGUGAGGCCCCCAUCCUCAAACGUAGUGCCUGUUCCACCAGUUCUGGCAAGGCACAGCACUCCUACUGUCUUCUCGAGCAAUGCAGUUAGAUCUCCUCCCAGUUCCAUGGCUCAUUCCAUUUAUGACCUGAACAUUAGAAGUACACAGCAUGGGCUUGCUCAUCUCCUUACAUCCACAACUUCCAUGUCUGUGUCAAAUCUUCAACAGGAAAAUGGGAGUAGGUUGAACCAGCAACAAGUUUUCAGUGAUAUGGGUAUCUCAUUGUCUGCUUCUGAGCAGAUUUUACCGGUAAGUGGAAGUCAUCAACCGGAAGGUUCGGGUAUGUUGCAUGUUCCCCAGAGUCAAUCUCCCUCCACCUCGGACUUCCUUUUGCGCCUUGCAGGCUCCCUCAUUGGUUUUAAACGGGCAAAUCAGGACAGCUAGUGGAAGUGGAAUUGGCACAUAUAUACAUCCUUUCCCUUUUCUUUCUUUCAGGAAUGGUGGGAGUCUUUCAGCUUCAUAUACAUGUUUUUUGCAAUCAGUAAUUUAACAUCAUAGAUGAUGGGUGUUU